AAAAGAGAGAGAACAAUCAGAGAACAAUCCACUCAACUGAUGCCAGGAAAUAUGAUACCAAUUACAGUUAAAAUAUUUGCUUAUAUUCACCAGCCAGGAAUAGGUACAAUGAACUUUUUUGCUUUUAAGGUUUUCCAUAUAUCUGCUGGUUUUAGGCAAACAACUUCAGGAAGUAUGAAGUAUGUCAGGGCUCAUAGUUCAGUGACUUUCCCUUACACUGAUGUUGAUCUUCAUCACACAUCCAGUUCGCUCAUAAGAAAGUAGAACAUGUUGAGAGAUUGUAUCAGUCCAGCGCAACCAUUUAACCCUUGCGCUUGUGAGGAUUGAGUCAAAUGAUACAAGUGAUGCGGGUGUGGGGUCGGUUGGACCCCAUUUGUAAACACAAGGGUUAAACAUAAUGACUACUCUGAAGGUUUUCUAUCUGUUAUUGGCAACAGUUGCUCCUUCGGCAGCAUUGGCACCGUCGUCCCCUUUGGAUUCUAAAUCCGUUCACGUUGGCCAGAACGUGACCUUGAAAUGUUUCUACCAACGCAAUAAUGGACUGAUAUUUUACUGGUACAAAAAAACCGUGGGGAGAAAAGCCCAGCUCAUAGCUGAGUUCUACAAACACAAGCAAAACUGCUCUCUUCCCAGAGACCCGAUCACCAGAGAUCCACGGUUCAAACUGGAAUGCAGCAGCAGCGAAUUCCACCUGAAAAUACUAGAUGCGCAAAUGUCAGACUCGGCUACUUACUACUGUGUCAGCCUGUUUUCUCACGCGUUUGAAUUCUUGGAGGGCAUUACUGUCCAUGUGGAAGGAUUGGGCUUGAAAACCGAAGGCGUCGUAAACCUGUCAAAAUCGGAGAACUUCCAGCUGUUUGGCUCUGCAACGAUAGGCUGCACGUUACGAAAUGGGACAAACGAUGGAGAGCACGCUUUAUACUGGUUCAAAGGCUCUGAAGACUCUUUCCUGAAAUUGAUUUUCACCCACAAAAGCAGCGACAAUAUGAGUGACAAGAAAGCAAAUACAAAAGCUCACAGUUGUGUGUAUGACCUGCCUCUGAAUGGCUUGGAUGCGUCUCAAGCUGUGGACUACUACUGCGCCGUCGCCUCAUGCCGACAGAUUCUGCUCGGAAACACAACUAACCUGGACUCAAUAUAUGACUCAGUUACCAUAUUUCUGAGUGCAGCCUGUGCGUUCACCUCUGCCCUCAGUCUUUUACUGGCUUUAUCAGUGUGCAAGAUCAUUACGAAAACAAAAUCCAUAUCUUCAGAGCCCCAACCAAAGCGCCCGCCGGCUCACGUGAAGAACAGAGAAAAGAGCUAUCGCACUGCUGUAGCCGUGGCAACCAACAGAUCAAUGAGACAGAAGGACGGAGUCUGGAGUGAAUGUGUCUACUACAGAUAUUAGAAGUUACAGAAUGAACUCCUGCCUCUUGAAAACCUUAGAUGUACAGAAACCUUUAAUUCAGAGCUGAAAAUAUUUUUGGUGUACUGAUCUAACAAUCCCACUUAAGAACAUUUGUUUUUUUAUGUCUUUGAUAUCUGUAUUUUAACAGUAUUCUUUUAAUGCAAUGCCUUUAAGCUUAUCAUUUUUUUCAUGUAUUAUUACUCUGGAUAUCCU